AUGCUAGAUGAAAGUGCCAAUACGACCGAAAAGUAUUCUGAAAUAGAAAUAUCAAAUAUGUCAAAUAUAGCUAAAGUACCGCUAAAAAAAGCAGAAGUUAAAAAUAUAUGUGAUUUAUCUGAAAUUAUUUGUGAGCAAUACCCUUCUGAUUUUGCAAAUUUUAAAGAUGUUAUAAAGGUAGAAGAAAAACAAUUCAUUUUAUCUGUCGGUCCUUGUCUUCCUGAAGGACCUUUUCCUAAAGAUGAUAGAAAUCGUUCUUUCUCAAUAAAUUACUAUAAAAAAGUUACAAAAUCAGGAAUAUCUAUUGAAAAUACUUGGUUAUGCUACUCACCAAACAAAAACUUAGUUUACUGUCAACCUUGUUGGUUAUUUUCAAAAAAAAAUAGUGGUUGGGUACGAGGUAUAAAUGACUGGCAAGGACUUUCAAAAAAAAUAAAGAAACAUGAAAUUUCUGAGGUUCACAUAAAUACUUGUUUUAUUUUGAAACAAUGGAAGGAGGAAAAAACAAUAGAUACUAUGUUACUCGAUAAUAUUCAAAAGGAACAAACAUUUUGGGCAAAAGUUUUAGAAAGACUUACUAAAAUAACAUUAAAAUUAGCUAGAAAUUGUAGUUCUUUUCGAGGGCAAAAUGGUUCACUUGAAGAUAUUUAUAAUGGUAAUUUGGGAAAGCGGAAUAGUAUCGAAAAUUAA